AUGUUACCUAAGAAGAAGCAAUUGUCGGGUGCUGAAAAAAGGAGGAAAAAGAAAGAAAGUGGUUUGAAAAUUCUACCACUGAAGGGUUCUUUGAAUAAGUUCUUUACAUCUUCAAGCAAUGUUGAUGUCAGUGAAGAACAAGGGCAAGAAACUACUUCUAAGCAUGAAAAUUCAGAUGUUGAGGUGAAUGAAGAUGGUGCGAGUACAGGGGAGCAAAUAAAUUUUGAAGUUGAUGCUGACAGUACAAUGGAGGAGGAAAAUUUGCAGCCUUCCUCUAAUGAUGAACAGGAAGAUUCCCUUUCAUUUAUUUUUGAUCCAAGAACAUGGGAAGUUCUUGACAAUAGCAAAAGGGAUAUUUUAAUUGAGAAGGGACCUAUUAGAGUACCGGAUCUGGAGUUCGAGAAGGACACCAUUGGUAGACACUUUUCAUAUGCUUUUUACUCCAGGAAGUUAAGUAAUGGUGAGUUUGUUGACAGAAAGUGGUUGGUUUACCACAAAGGUGCAAACAAAGUAUAUUGUUUUUGUUGCAAGUUGUUCAAAUCAAAACUGAGCAAGUCUAUGCUAGCAUCUGAUGGAUUGAAUGACUGGAAGCGUUUGAGUGUGCGUCUCAAAGAUCAUGAGAAUAGUGUUGAGCAUUUAACAAACAUGAAUACAUGGAAUGAAGUUAGGUUGAGACUAAGCAAAAAUCAGACAAUUGAUGAUGAUAUGCAAAGGGGGGUUGCAAAGGAGAAGGAGCGUUGGAGACAAGUUCUGGUAAGAAUAGCUUCUGUUGUGAAGUUUCUAGCAAAACAUACUUUGGCUUUUCGUGGAUCAAAUGAGAGGUCGUAUCAAGAUAAUAAUGGUAAUUUUUUGGGCACGAUUGAAAUGAUUGCUGAAUUUGAUCCUGUUAUGCAUGAACACAUCCGGCGUAUUCAAAAUAGUGAAAUCCAUCAUCAGUAUCUUGGCCAAAAAAUCCAGAACGAGUUGAUCUCAGUUCUUGCUGAUGCCGUGGGGAAGGUUAUUUUAAAGAUCAUCAAAGAUGCCAAGUAUUUUUCAGUUAUUUUGGAUUGUACCCCGGAUGUGAGCCAUGAAGAAAAAAUGACUCUCAUUGUGCGUUGUGUCAAUAUGUCAAGCAACCUUCCGAGAGUGGAGGAGUUUUUCCUAGAGUUCCUAAAGGUUGAGGACACAUCGGGGUUGGGGCUUUUGAAGGUAUUGAUGGAUACAUUGAGUUCUUUUGAUUUGAAUGCUGCUGAUGUGAGAGGUCAAGGUUAUGACAAUGAUUCCAACAUUAAAGGACAAUACCAAGGUGUUCAGAGUCGCUUCCUUAAAGAAAACCCCAAAGCAUUGUAUAUGCCAUGUGCAUGUGAUAGUUUGAAUCUCACUCUUUGUGAUAUGGCAAAAUCUUGCAAACAAGCUAUUACAUUCUUUGCUUUGAAGGAAUUGGAGGAGACUUCUACUGAUGAUUCAGCAGCUUGCUUUGAUCAGUUGAAGAAAUUUGAAAAGGUGUUUGGUUUCUUAUUCAAUUCAAAAAAUCUGAAGUCCUUGGAUGAUAGCAAACUACAGGAAUGUUGCGCUACUUCUGCAAAAGCUUUUUCUGAUGAUAAAUCAUCUGAUGUUGAUCUUCAUGAUUUUGUCUCAGAGUUAAAAGUGUUGCAGAUUUAG